AUGCUGCGAGAGUUCCAAAAGCAGAUUCGUCUCCCCGUGCUGCUCCAGUUGCUCAAGCACGGGGGGAAGAAACUCGAGGGAACCGAGAAAGUCCGUCUCUCUCGGUCGUCCGCGGUGCCGCCUGAGCCCGUUGCCGCUACAACUGCAGAGAGGAGAGGCGGCGGUGGCUGCUUUUGUGGGACUCUCUCGACAUCGGGGAUCGCGAUGAAGUCUGCGUUGCUUGCACUGUGCAGCCUCCUGCUAUGGACUGACGGCUCCUCUGCAGCUGGACCAGUCAAGGGCCGCUAUGAGCACUCCAAGCACACGCGCGCCCGCAGCGGCCUUCUGCGCUGGGAUCGCUCCGGCGACGCGACAGACCCAGACGCGCUCCUCUACUCCUACGGCGUGGGUCUCACCACUGUCAACUGCAGCAGCUCCUCCAUGAGGGUGGCCGUUUCAAGGAUUCUACCAGACUUCUCUGCUCUUGGUGUGCUACACGCCAAGGAACCCAUGUCGUGGUACCUGGACAUUGACAACGGCACGGCGCAGUGGAGCAUUCCCGUGGCAGAUGCGAGCCAGGCCGGCUACACGUUCGAGUCCCAGCAACUGACCCUGUCGGUGAUGGCGCUGUACACGGCCAGCGGCGUGUUCUACUCCCAGUUCGACAACACUUCCCUCUACUUCCUGGACCUGCGGAUGCGCUAUGGCCCCACCACCACGGUCAUCUACUUCCUCACCCCCAUGCUGUGCCUGGUACCAAACUACCUGCAGUGCAACGACACGAGCCUGGUGGUGACGGUGCCUCCGCUGCCCGGCCCCCUGACUGCGGUGAAGGUGGGCACCACCCUGGUGUACCCGGACCUGCCCUCCGUGCCGGGGGUCGAGGUGCGGCUGGAGGGCAGCGGCGGCCGCUGGGGGUUCGUGCUCUCGCUGCAGCGCACGUCGCCGCUCCUCAACGUGGAGGCGUGUCCCAUGGGCCAGUCAAGCGGCGUGCGUCACUUUGCCAACAUGUCCAUGACCUUCACGCACGCCUCGCGGCCGCUCACCUUCCCACUGCUGCUGCGCUGUCCGUGCGUCGCCGUGCAGGACGACAUCAGCGCCGUCUGCAACGGCAGCUUCUUGCUCGCCGUGUUCGGGCCCCUGUACGGCUCCCCGCCGGCCAUCGAGGUGCUGACUGUUGGGACCGUGUCCCUGCUGACCUCCACCACCGUGGACUCUACUCUCUACGACUCCGGAGUCAAGCUGAUGCCCAACGGCUCCUACUACGUUGCCGUGUCCGCCUACCGCACCGCACCUGGCGUUGUAGUGCAGUCUCAGGAACCUGGCCGCCGCCUCUACUCUGCGCUGUUCCACAUCGUGGUGGUUGACGGCUUGGGGCUCCGCCACGACUACAGCGUGGAGGCUGCGUGCCACAUGCCCUACACGCCAUCCGGCGUGGUGUCGUGCGGGCCGUCGUGGUUCGCCAUCACGCUGCAGCUCGCCGAGGUGCGAGACUUCACGCUGUUAGUGUCGGAAGUUCCCGUGACGCAGCUGCUCGACCAAGGCUACAGCCUGACCAACUCCACCUCGGAGCUGCGCCUGCAGGUCGACUUCACGGCGCUCGACGUGGUGGUCAAGACUCUGCCGGACGGCUCGACGGAGUGGUCGCUACUGCUCACGCUGAGGAACGACCUUGGGGCCGUGGAGGAGUACAGCCUGGUGUGCACCUCCAACACCGCAGAAUGCUCGACGGACGGGCAGAUGACGUUCGAGGUCUACGCGAGCAGCACGCGGCCCCCACUGGACCUGGCCACCGUGCACGUGCGCGACCCCUCCUGCCUGCCCGUCGAGGUGACGGCCGAGAAGGCCGUGUUUGUUGUCCCACUGGACGAGUGCGGCACCACUCACGAGAUGGUGGACGGCAAGCUGGUGUACGAGAACGAGGCCGUGUCUCUGAUGCGCGACUCCAUCCACGUGAUCAUCUCCCGCAGCAGCGAGUACAGAAUGAAGAUCACCUGCGAGUUCUCUGGGGACGACUUGCUGAUGCUGGGCGUGACUGUUCCCACGCUGUCUCCACCCAGCCCUGCGAACGGCACCGGGCCCCUGGUCAUUGAGCUCACCAUGUUCCCUGAUGUUGACUACGUCGCUCCCUAUGUCGCCGCUGACUACCCACUCGUGCGCUUCCUGAGGGAGCCGCUGUUCGUCCAGGUGCAGCUCUUGGCGCACCCCGACCCCGUGCUGGAGCUGCGUCUCGCCGACUGCUGGGCCACCACUCAGCCCGACCCCAACUCGCUGCCCCAGUGGGACCUGCUCGUGUCCGGGUGCCCGUUCUCCGGCGACAACUACCUGACCACCGUCCACGCCGUGAGCCCCGCCUCGGUGCCGCUGCCCCUGAGGUUCAAGCGCUUCGAGGUGAAGACCUUCGUGUUCGCCGACCCAGCGCCACUUGGAGCCCUGCGCGAUACGCUCUACUUCCACUGCAGCGCCACGGUGUGCGACUCCAACUCGGCCGAUCUGCCGCAGUGCGGACCAAGCAGCUGCUCCCCGUCAACGCGCCGCGCCCGUGAAGAUGUGAAACGUGCUGCCACGGACGACCUGACGCACAUUGCCAGCCUGCCCGGCCCCAUUACAUUAUCGGAUGACGUUCAUACAAAGUCUGAUCUGUCAAGCUCUGCAGAAGGUGGCGUGUGGCCCACAUGGUUCGUGUGGCUCGUGGCUGCCACCUGCUCCCUCCUCGCCCUCUCCAUCGCUGUGGCGUUGGUGGCCAAGCUGCUGCGCCAUGGCCGCCAGGGCACGUGGAGGAGGGCAGAGGCCAUACGCGGCUGAACGUGGGGCGAUGGUGUCGCGGUGGUGAAUACGGCACGGCCACCGUUUGCGGCGUGCAUUUGAAAUAAUACACGAGAUUUGAUUCACGGCUUGUACAUGAUUAUGAUGUGAAAAAUAAAGAUGCUGUGGACCUUAAUCCCUUCUGGUGACAUGUGGUGCUGCUUCAAUCGUGGGGAUCCUGGCAAUGGGUUGUGGGAUAACUGAACUGAUCUAGGUGGAUAAUCUUCUUGGUUCUUUCGGUAAAGUCACGUAG